AUGAGUCUAGACUGCGACGUGGCCAUAUCGGCGUCGCUGGUCCACGCCACAGUGAGGGCCGUGAGCAAGAGGAAGCUGCAGCCCAUGCGGGUGGCGCUCACGCUGACCCCCUCAGCUGUGAACAAGAUAGAACAGCUUCUCAAAGACAAGCCAGAGCACAUAGGUCUGAAAGUCGGUGUGCGAACCAGGGGCUGGAAAGGCCUCUCUUACACCCUGGAGUAUACAAAGACAAAAGGAGAUUCUGAUGAAGAAGUUAUUCAAGAUGGAGUCAGAGUGUUCAUCGAAAAGAAAGCACAGUUCCCACCUUUAGGAACAGAAAUGGACUAUGUGGAAGACAAACUAUCCAGUGAGUUUGUUUUCAAUAACCCCAACAUCAGAGGAACUUGUGGCUGUGAUGAAAGCUUCAACAUUUGAAAGCUCAGGACUCCAAGCUCCAGGAGAGCUGGGAUCUA